AUGGGUCGCUGCAAAGGCGCCAUGCAGUGCAACUCGAAGCGCACGCGCCGCGAUGAUUCGCAGCCGUCGCAAAGUGCUUCAGGCAGUGAGACGAAUCUUCCUUCUCACUAUAAUGUGGAUGAAGAUCCAUCUCUCAUUGUAGACUACAAUAAGAGCACGCCAUUCCCAUCACCCCGAAGUGGAUAUGAGCAAAGCGCGUUAAUGGGACAUAUGUCCCCAUCAUUUGAGGCACCCGUCCUUGAGGAAGCUUGUAUGCUUCCUGCAAGCGAAGGUAAGACCUCGUCGCCUGCGCCUACGAGCGCAGCGACUAAGAAUGAGCGCGCUACUCCAAAAAAAGCAGUCGCGACUCAAUUAGAUGUAACUUCUCAAGCUGAUGCAUAA